AUGGGUGAAACGAACAGGAUGAUAUUAACAUUUUAUUUAUUGUUUGCAACAGCAAUGAUAGACGUUGUUUUGGCACGUCGUCGUUAUUAUCAAUUAUUCGUCACUAAUGAAGAUAUUCAACCUGAUUGUAUUAAACUGAAUAUUAGCCGUCAAUCAACUGUACUUAUUAAUAAACAAUUUCCUGGUCCGGAAAUACGUGCCACAAUUGGUGAUAUACUUAUUGUAAAUGUUUAUAACCAGCUAAUAAAUAAUGAGGAUUUAACUAUACACUUUCAUGGUGUAUUGCAAAAACAAACACCACAAAUGGACGGCGUGCCAUAUUUAACACAGUUACCAAUAAAAUCUGGUGAAAACUGUUCCUAUGUGUUUCGUGUGCAACGCAUAGGUACUUUUUUUUAUCAUUCACAUAUCGGGCUACAAUCAAUGACAGCCUUUGGUUCACUCAUAUUUGUUGAUCGUUCUAACGAUAAAAUAAUACGUACACGCUAUAAUUAUACUGAAGAAAGAACAUUAUUAUUGAGUGAUUGGUGGCAUAAUGAUCGUUUACAUUUAGAACAAGGUUUACUUGCAGUGCCAUUUCAAUGGUUGGGUGAGCCAUCCGCUAUUAUUAUAAAUGGUAAAACAAUGUUUAAUAGUUCAUGUGAAACAGUUAAUGGUGCUGGUUAUUCUGUUAUAAAUGUUGAACGAGGACACCGCUAUCGUAUACGUGUAAUUGGUGCAACAACAUUGUCUACGCUGGUAUUUGGCAUAGAAAAACAUAAAUUAUUACUGAUUGAAGUUGAUGGCAACUAUGUGGAACCAUUGUCUGUUAGUUAUUUAGAAAUUGCAUCUGGUCAGCGUUAUUCGUUUAUAUUAGAUACAACCAACCAGCCGAUUAAAAAUUAUUAUAUACAAGCAAGUAUUCGAUGGAGAUUAGUUAAGCCAAAUAAUGGUAUUGCUAUUCUUCGUUAUAAAUCCGCAUCGUUGGUUAAUAAAAUUUUUAUUGCUAAUCAAACAUUCUCAUUACCUAAAGAAACUGUUGAAUAUUUAACAAAUAAGUUACAACCGCUUACAAAUUUUACGAAUAAUUAUAAUGGUGGUAAAGUGCCAAGAAAAUCAAAUCAAGAAUUUGUCCUUGCUGGAGGUCAAGCUGCAUUCAAUGGAACAGGUAUACAGUGGGUAGUUAACAAUAAUAGUUUAAUGCUCGAAAAAUUGUCCCAACCAAAAUCAGCAUUAGAAGACGUUUAUUCAAAUAAUCAAUUAAGUUUCAAAACAUAUGUUAUAAAGAAAGGACAAGUUAUUGAUAUUAUUUUACAAAAUUUAGUUGGCGCAGGUGGUGUUUGUGAAUCACAUCCAUGGCAUACCCAUGGACAUAUGUUUUGGGAGAUAUCUUAUGGAGAUGGUGUCUAUCGUGAAAAAGAUACCCACCUUUUCGCACACCCAUUUUUACGUGAUACUACAAUGCUUUACGCUACAAGUAAUGCUUAUUUUCAAUACGUAAAUAGUACAAAUCACAAUAAACCGUGUGGUUGGAAAAAAAUUCGUCUAAUUGCAGAUAAUCCGGGACUUUGGUUUGUUCAUUGUCAUAUUGUUCCACAUAUGUUAAUGGGUAUGUCAAUUGUCUUAGAAGAAUCUAAAAAAGAUAUAAAAAUGGUGUAUAUUCCAAAAUAUUGA